GCAUGCCGGGUCUUGGCAAUAUGGCGUCCUCCUUGAUGUGCUGAUGAGAGAAGUUUCACUGUAGCUUCAAACCAGAGGGCAAAACUCCCCAAACCCAGUAAGCCUACAUUACUCGUUUUCUCCGCGGCUCCAGGUCGCUCGUUUCUCAGGACUCGUUCUCGGGCAGGAGGGAGCCACGGGGCCGAAGGCCAGGACCGGCGAGACCGCGCGGACCUGGGGCUGAGGAGCCGGCUGCGGGCGAGCACGAUGGGCCGGUCCUGGCUCUGGUUGCAGCAGCUCCGGCGAUUGCGGGACCCACAGGGCUGAGAGUGGCUGGAGGAGACCCGAGGCGCUCUGAACUUCUUCCCCUCGGCCGGAUACCUCAGCCCAGUCGGCGAACCGGCACCAAGAGCGGGCGGCCUGCCUGUCCUCGAAUCGGCUGAGGCGUUGGAGGCCGAGAGCAGGGUCAUCGUGAGGCCUGGAGUCUCACACGCCUUUGACAGCUCCGCUCGCAGCCCCUCCGGGGACGUACAGCCUCAGAAGCAGCCAGUGGCUUGGGAUCUGGGGGCGUGUGUGUACGUGCGGAGCUCCUUGGGCUGCCCCAUUUCCCUCCAGCUUUUCCCAGCCCCUCCGACUUCCCGCGCAGAGUUAAAGAGAAGGAUCUCACACUUUUUGCCUGAAUAAGGGUCUCCGCAUACUCUCAUUUCUUUUUCUACUCCCUCUUUUUCUGUUAUUUCACCGAUUCUGGUAUACGCUAGUUUUUAAGGCUGGAGGUUCUCGAGCGCUUGCUGCCAAGGACUCCACCACCCCCUCCCCCGCUGAUGGAGUCCGAGAUGCUGCAGUCGCCUCUUCUGGGACUCGGGGAGGAAGAUGAGGCCGACCUUACAGACUGGAACCUGCCUUUGGCUUUUAUGAAAAAGAGGCACUGUGAGAAAAUUGAAGGCUCCAAAUCCUUAGCUCAGAGCUGGAGGAUGAAGGAUCGGAUGAAGACCGUCAGUGUUGCCUUAGUUUUGUGCCUGAAUGUCGGUGUGGACCCUCCAGAUGUGGUGAAGACCACCCCCUGUGCACGCUUAGAAUGCUGGAUUGAUCCUCUGUCAAUGGGUCCUCAGAAAGCUCUGGAAACCAUUGGUGCAAAUUUACAGAAGCAGUAUGAGAACUGGCAGCCAAGGGCCCGGUACAAGCAGAGCCUCGAUCCCACCGUGGAUGAAGUGAAGAAGCUUUGCACAUCUUUACGCCGAAACGCCAAGGAGGAGCGGGUUCUCUUCCACUACAACGGCCACGGGGUGCCCAGGCCCACAGUGAAUGGGGAGAUCUGGGUCUUCAACAAGAACUACACUCAGUACAUCCCUCUGUCUAUAUAUGACCUGCAGACAUGGAUGGGCAGCCCGUCAAUAUUCGUCUACGACUGCUCCAAUGCUGGCCUAAUUGUCAAGUCCUUCAAACAGUUUGCUCUGCAGAGGGAGCAGGAGUUGGAGGUCGCUGCAAUUAACCCAAACCACCCACUUGCGCAGAUGCCUUUGCCCCCGUCGAUGAAGAACUGCAUUCAGCUGGCAGCCUGUGAGGCCAACGAGCUCCUGCCCAUGAUCCCCGACCUCCCAGCCGACCUGUUCACAUCGUGCCUCACCACUCCCAUCAAAAUCGCCCUGCGCUGGUUUUGCAUGCAGAAGUGUGUUAGUCUGGUGCCUGGAGUCACACUGGAUUUAAUAGAAAAGAUUCCCGGCCGGCUGAACGACAGGAGGACUCCUUUGGGCGAACUGAAUUGGAUCUUCACAGCGAUCACAGACACUAUCGCAUGGAAUGUGCUCCCUCGGGAUCUCUUCCAAAAGCUCUUCAGACAGGACCUGUUGGUGGCUAGUCUGUUCCGAAAUUUUUUAUUGGCAGAAAGGAUCAUGAGGUCGUAUAACUGCACCCCAGUCAGCAGCCCACGCCUGCCCCCCACUUACAUGCAUGCAAUGUGGCAAGCCUGGGACCUUGCUGUCGACAUUUGUCUCUCUCAGCUGCCGACAAUCAUUGAGGAAGGCACUGCAUUUCGGCACAGUCCAUUCUUUGCUGAGCAGCUGACUGCGUUCCAGGUGUGGCUCACAAUGGGCGUGGAGAACAGGAAUCCACCUGAACAACUUCCCAUUGUUUUACAGGUGCUGUUGAGCCAAGUGCACCGGCUGAGAGCCCUGGACCUGCUGGGAAGAUUUCUGGACCUGGGUCCAUGGGCGGUGAGCCUGGCCUUGUCUGUGGGCAUCUUCCCCUACGUGCUGAAGCUGCUCCAGAGCUCGGCAAGGGAGCUGCGGCCUCUUCUUGUUUUCAUAUGGGCCAAGAUUCUCGCCGUGGACAGUUCAUGCCAAGCUGACCUGGUGAAGGACAACGGUCACAAAUAUUUCCUUUCGGUCUUGGCAGACCCUUACAUGCCAGCUGAACAUAGGACCAUGACGGCUUUCAUUCUCGCUGUGAUUGUCAACAGCUAUAAUACUGGCCAGGAAGCCUGCCUCCAGGGAAACUUGAUUGCCAUCUGCCUAGAGCAGCUCAACGACCCCCACCCCUUGCUGCGCCAAUGGGUGGCCAUCUGCUUAGGACGGAUCUGGCAGAACUUUGACUCGGCUAGGUGGUGUGGAGUGAGGGACAGUGCUCACGAGAAACUCUGCAGCCUCCUCUCCGACCCCAUUCCUGAGGUGCGCUGUGCAGCGGUCUUCGCCCUCGGCACGUUUGUGGGCAACUCUGCAGAGAGGACCGACCACUCGACCACCAUUGACCACAAUGUGGCCAUGAUGCUGGCCCAGCUAAUCAACGACGGGAGUCCCGUGGUCCGGAAGGAACUGGUGGUGGCUCUGAGUCAUCUUGUAGUUCAAUAUGAAAGCAAUUUCUGCACCGUGGCCUUGCAGUUCAUGGAAGAGGAAAAGAACUACCCCUUGCCUUCUCCAGCAACCACAGAGGGCGGGAGUUUGACCCCAGUGCGCGACAGCCCCUGCACUCCCAGGCUCCGUUCUGUGAGUUCCUAUGGAAACAUUCGCGCAGUCACCACUGCUAGAAGCUUGAACAAAUCUCUGCAGAAUCUGAGCUUGACUGAAGAAUCCGGCAGCUCGGUGGCAUUCUCCCCCGGGAACCUGAGCACCAGCAGCAGCGCCAGCAGCACCCUGGGUAGCCCCGAGAACGAGGAGUACAUCCUCUCCUUCGAGACCAUUGACAAGAUGCGCCGCGUCAGCUCCUACUCCUCCCUCAACUCUCUCAUAGGAGUUUCUUUUAAUAGUGUUUACACUCAAAUUUGGAGAGUCUUAUUGCAUCUGGCUGCGGAUCCCUAUCCAGAUGUUUCCGAUUUGGCUAUGAAAGUGCUCAACAGCAUCGCCUACAAGGCUACAGUGAACGCCCGGCCUCAGCGCAUCCUCACCACAUCCUCUCUCACUCAGUCGGCACCCGCCAGCCCCACCAACAAGGGCAUCCACAUCCACCAGGCCGGAGGCUCCCCCCCAACAUCCAGCGCAAGCAGCUCCAGCCUGACUAACGAUGUGGCCAAGCAGCCGGUCAGCCGAGACCUGCCUCCAGGCCGGCCAGGCACCACCGGCACCACGGGCGUGCAGUACACACCCCACUCCCACCAGUUCCCCAGGACACGGAAGAUGUUUGACAAGGGCCCAGACCAGACCACUGACGAUCCAGAUGAUACUGCUGGACACAAAAGUUUCAUCUCAGCCACAAUGCAGACAGGAUUCUGCGACUGGAGCGCCCGAUAUUUUGCACAGCCCGUCAUGAAGAUCCCGGAAGAGCAUGACCUGGAGAGUCAGAUCCGCAAGGAGCGGGAAUGGCGAUUUCUACGCAACACCCGCGUCAGAAAGCAGGCGCAGCAGCUCAUCCAGAAGGGUAUCACGAGACUGGAUGACCAGAUAUUUCUGAACAGGAACCCUGGCGUCCCCUCCGUGGUCAAGUUUCACCCCUUUACACCAUGUGUGGCUGUAGCUGACAAAGACAGCAUCUGUUUUUGGGACUGGGAGAAAGGGGAGAAGCUGGAUUAUUUCCACAAUGGAAACCCUCGGUACACAAGGGUCACCGCCAUGGAGUAUCUGAACGGCCAGGACUGCUCACUCCUGCUCACGGCCACAGAUGAUGGCGCCAUCAGGGUCUGGAAGAACUUCGCUGAUUUGGAGAAGAAUCCAGAAAUGGUGACCGCUUGGCAGGGGCUUUCAGACAUGCUGCCAACAACCCGAGGUCUGGCCCGAAAGGUCUCGAUCUAUCUUGACCACAGUAAGCAGGGAGGAGCCGGGAUGGUGGUGGACUGGGAGCAGGAGACCGGCCUCCUCAUGAGCUCAGGGGAUGUGCGGAUCGUCCGGAUCUGGGACACGGACCGGGAGAUGAAGGUGCAGGACAUCCCCACAGGUGCUGACAGCUGCGUGACAAGCCUGUCUUGUGACUCCCACCGCUCCCUCAUCGUGGCCGGCCUUGGGGACGGCUCCAUCCGCGUCUACGACAGAAGGAUGGCGCUCAGCGAAUGCCGCGUCAUGACGUACCGGGAGCACACGGCCUGGGUGGUGAAGGCCUACCUCCAGAAGCACCCCGAGGGCCACAUCAUGAGCGUGAGCGUCAAUGGAGAUGUGCGCUUCUUCGAUCCGCGGAUGCCGGAGUCUGUGAAUGUCCUUCAGAUCGUGAAGGGGCUCACGGCCCUUGACAUCCACCCCCAGGCAAACCUGAUCGCAUGUGGCUCCAUGAACCAGUUCACCGCCAUCUACAACGGGAAUGGGGAAUUGAUCAACAACAUCAAGUACUACGACGGCUUCAUGGGCCAGCGGGUCGGAGCCAUCAGCUGCUUGGCCUUCCACCCACACUGGCCUCACCUGGCCGUGGGGAGCAACGACUACUACAUCUCCGUGUACUCGGUGGAGAAGCGUGUCAGAUAGCGGGCGCCCUGCUCCCCGCCAGGCCACGAUGUACAUAGUGGACCCGCCAUGCUGCCCGUGAACACGGGUCCUGACCUGGCUGCUGAGGGCUCAAGGAGGGCCGUCUGUCUGUCUUCACUGUCACGCUCAGGAGCCCAGGGAAGGGGGCCCUGGUAGAGUCCUGUGGUGUGACAGCCGCUUCUUUGCUGAGACACAGCAUCCAGGCCGAGGACACAGUCGCAGUUCGUCCCAGCACCCUUCCCAUGCUGUUUUUCUUCUGAGAUUUUUAAAGGGGGAAACACACUCAUUUUAUCUUCCUAGUGAUCUAAGCAUUAGCUCCACAAAAGCUGCCGGACAGAAGCCAGCUUCCCCAGGCGCGGCCACCCUGGUGGACAGGCGGC